AUGUAUCCCUCCGUACUUUCCUUCUACAAGGAUAAGCCGAGCAGUUCCGCGCAUCACCGACUUCCGCAGGACUGCCCCGCUAACACUGUGGAGUUCCUGCGUGGAAUGCGUGAUCUGCAAGAAGCGGGCACUUUCUGCGACGUUGUACUGAAAGGCAGUGACGCGUCUUCGCAGGGUAUUCCUUGUCAUCGUAGCGUGCUCACCGUGCAGAGUCCGUAUUUCCGCGCUGCCUUCACGCACAACUGGAAAGAAUCCUCUGCACCAGUUUUCCGGCUGGCAAACAUCGACAACAGCACGUUGAAGGAAUUGGUGACGUAUGCGUACACGAUGGACCUGCGCUUGAGCGAUGACAACGUGGUGCCCAUCUUGAUUGCGGCGCAGUUUCUGCAGAUGACUCCGGCGGCCCGUCUGUGCUGGAAGUACGUGAAGGAGCGCCUGUGCCUGUCCACAUGCCUGGACAUCCACGCGCUGGCUUCGCAUCACAGCAAUCCGAGCCUGGCCAACGCAGCUCUGCACGUGAUCCAUCCGAACUUCCUAACCGUGGCGCAGACAAAGGAAUUUCUCCUGGCGGAUGCGCAGCAGCUGGCGGCGCUGAUCGCAUCUGAUAAAGUGGAGGUCUUCAAUGAGGACCAAGUGUGGGAGGCGGUGAAGCGCUGGCAGGACCACGACCGUCCCGGACGUAUGGCGCACCUGGCCGCUGUCCUGCAGAAUGUCCGCGCUGCCUUCCUCAGCGACGAGUAUCGCAAGGACUGGCAGUCCGCCUAUGGACUGCAUGUCGGGGAUGGGCAGAACACUGCGCCACGCCAUUCAUACAAGGCGAAGGACGUGAUCCUUUGCGUGGGCGGUUGCGAAGUCGACUAUGACGACUACACAGCUCCCGUCACAUGCUCCGUGUACGCCUUCAGUCCGUCGAUCCCGGCCGUGUGGCGCCUGAAGGAUCUGCCCGCUUUCGGCGAAGGCUGCCACGCCGUGCUGCUGGACGCGGCUACAAUUCUCAUUCUACACCGUGAUGGCAUGCAUACCGUGCGACGCAGCAGUCGCUACCUGGGUCUCCGUAACGAGUGGCGCAAUGUGGUCCCAAUGCGGACACAGCGCCGGGAGGCAGCGCUUGCCGAGCUGAAUGGCCGGAUUUAUGUCGCCAGUCAAGAGGAUAAGGAUCCAUUGACGCCCGUGGAAGCCUUCGACCCGAAAAGUAGCUCCUGGUUCGAGGUCGCAUCCAUUCCCAUUGCUCUUAACGGCUUUGCCAUGGUGGCAUGUGACGGUCGACUGUUCGUGCUGGGCGGAGACAGCCACGAAGAAGAAUCUGGCAGAUACGUCUUCUCCUACGACCCCGGGGCAGAUCAUUGGACUCGACUGCGCGAUAUGCCGACCGAAUGCAGCUGCAUCGUUGCCUGUGUGGGUGCUGGCGGAUUGAUUUUCGUUUUCGGUGGAGAUGAUAGUGCUGAACGGUGUGUGCGCGUGGACGCUUAUGACCCCACCUCCGACCAGUGGGUCAGAAAAGCGGAUAUGAUCAGGGAACGUCUUUAUCCUGGAUGCGCGUACCUGGAUGGAAAGCUGUACGCCGUUGGAGGAGAUCGAUGGGUGAAAAAUGGCUAUUACAGCAUCGAGGUAUACGAUGAUGAGACGGACAGCUGGACGCUGCUUCCGAAGAAAUGCCGAUUGCCGGAGAACGCGUAUAACUUUGACUGUGUAGUCAUGAAGAUGAAGCCUGAGUUUGACUGAUUUUCAU